GUUCAACGACAUACUGACGAGCCUCUGGAUGAAAGAGAGCCAAACACGGAAUACGACCUCAAUUGUCGCGACAUAUUUUGUAUUUCGUUAGGCCACCCUUCGUAUUUACUGCUACUCACAGUGGACCCCACUUUCGACAAAUGUAUACAAUCAAAGCGCUUGUCUCGGAGACUCGUUGACAGCAGGGUUCGUGGAUGGAAACCUCCACGUACCCUGUUCGGAUUAUCUCACAGAAAUGUUCAGAGCUCAGCAUCACGACGAUCGAGUCGUCGUCUUUGUCAACGCCGGAGUCGACGAAGACACCAUCAAGGACAUCCACGCGCGACUAAUAGAACUGCUGCAACAGGGCCAGUAUCAAUACCUCGCCCUCUUAGGCGGCACAAAUGACCUUGAAGCAGUCGUUUCCGAUCUUUCACAAGACUCUACUCAGUUCGACGAGACUAUCACACAAAUCUCAUUCGAGCCCAUUUACGAUCUCCUAAUGGACUCGCUUACGCUCAAGCAUUUUCUGCAGCUCAUUGUCCUUUACAAUGUCUUUGACCGGUUGGCUCCGCACGACAAGAACACCAAGGAUCCAUUGAACCAUUACGUUCUGCAUCGUUUCUGUCCCAAGAAACGGAUUCUCGAUCUGAAUGAUCCUAGUCUCGGCUUCAACUACCUUUUAAUGUCAGAUAAAGAACGAAAAGAGAAUUGGAAUGACGCUCUGCACUACACUACCAAAGGAUAAAUGCGCUUGGCCGAAUGUAUCUAUAAUGAGUUGGCUGCGAUGUUGUUGGAAUGAAUGCAAAUUACUCCAUUCAAGCCUGUGCUAUCCCACCCCUUCCGGUCUAGCUGUCUUCCCUAU